AGGAAAAAGUUUUCACUGCAAUGUUUGUAAAGGUUUGACAAGAAAAAAACAAAUAAAAAACUAUUCAUUCAUUUGAAGGUGCUAAUUAGUUUCGACCAAACUGUUCGCCAAAGUGCAAUGGAUUAUCCAAUCAACUGUUGAACACUUGAAAGACAUCAACAAUAAAAUCGUGAAUAGUUUGAUGAGACCAAAUUCAGAUUCAAGUUUUACACUUCAAAUCAUCUAAACUUAUUUACUCAACAAAUAUGUUUAUCGUGGAAAGUGAUGUUCAGUCAAUGAGCUGAUACCAAUUCCAAUUGGAAAAUGGAUAUUGUUCAUCUUCAAUCUUAACCAUGGCUUUUAUCACUCCUAUAAAUUCAUACACUCUAAUCUUUACAGUUUUAAUGCUCAUUCAAGUUUUCGAGACUGUUUUAAUAACAGAAUUCAAAGUGCCCGAAGUUGUCAACCAUGGUUCUGAUGUUGAACUUUUGUGUAAAUAUGACCUGCAAGAGGAUGAAGUUUUGUACACAAUAAAAUGGUACAAAGAAGAGACUGAGUUUUACCGUUAUGAACCAAGAGAAUGGCGACAAGUUUCAUACUUUAAAGUACCUGGAAUAAACAUUGACAAGGAACGAUCAAAUUAUACUCGAAUUAUCCUUCUCAAGGUAAACAAUGAAACUAGCGGAAACUUUGUCUGUGAAGUUUCAGUUGAUAUAACAUUUACCACUGCAAUGAGAGAGCAAUUGAUGUUCAUCAAAAGUAGUUCAUUAGGACAAUUGUUUCACUGGCCUCUACUCAUGGUUAUAUUAACAUUGAUCAAUCUAAUUAUACAAAAUUGUUACCAAUUAACUUUUAAUUAAAAAAGAAUAAAAAGA